UUUAUUGCAUCCUAAAACACUGCUGAAUGUGUUCCCUGCCCUUGUAGUUUGUGGAGAGAAAUCUCCAAAUUUCAAACCACAUGAUUAGAAUGAUGUCGAUUGGUGAAAGCAUUGAAAGUCUGCAGACUCUGCAGGCACACUCAAGUGAUGUGACAUCCUGUGAUUUUGGUGGGAAUUUCUACCUUGCAUCAGGAUCAGGAGAUAAAACCGUCCGAGUAUGGGAGUGGAAUGUUGGGGAAGGGUACGUAGACAUGUCAUACUCUCCGCUGACUGGCCACAAAUAUGGCGUGACGUGCAUCCGAUUCUCGCCACAAGGGACCAUGUUGGCAACAUCAUCUAUAGAUGGCUGCACCAUGCUCUGGAAUGUCCGUUCUGGAGUUCGGAUCCACACUUUUAUCCAGGUUAGUGGAGGGGCGGUGAGAGCUUGCCGAUUCACGCCAGAUUCGACGCUUCUCGUCACAGCAGGAGAUGAUGGUUCAGUGUGUGUGUGGGACUUAGUUCAUAGAAAUCUUGUCAGGAUGUUCCAGCAACAUGAAGGUGCUGUUCAGUCCGUCUCAUUUACGCCCGAUUCACACUACCUCUUGACGACCUGCACGCUUGGCGUCAUGAAAGUUUGGCACGCCUCAUGUAGGAGUGAUACAGGCAACGGAGAUGCUGUAGCGUGCCUUGCGUCUGUGGAUGAUGCACAUGACCUAGGUGUUGUGAGCAGUGACUUCUCACCUCUUCAGGAGCUCCUUGAUGAGGAUGGUUCACUGAGGCACCGCUACCUGUUAGCAACUUGUGGGAAUGAUAAUAUUGUAAAGUUAUGGCAUGUUUUUGUGGGUCAAUAUGUGAAGCACCUUGAUAUGACGCCAUGCGAGUUGUCUGUUUACCGCAUAUUGGAGGGCCAUACGUCGGCUAUCAUGUGCGUUCGGUUCUCGCCAGGGGGCAGCUACCUAGCUUCGUCCAGCCUCGACAAAACUCUCAGGCUCUGGGAGACCAGUGGUAACUGCAUCGCUGUGUUGGAGGGUCAUUCAAGGUACGUCGCGUGUUGCGCCUUCUCCCGGGACAGUUCCCUGUUGGCUUCAGGCUCCAAUGACAAAUCUGUGAUGGUGUGGAGUCUUGGAAGGAACCUGAGUGUGGAAUCUGAGCUCGUGAAACCAUGCAAUGCCUCGAGUCACUUUUGCAAUAACAAUUCAGAGUGCUGCAACCUGCAGGAGCAGGAAGUUGUGAAGCAGGCAGAGGUCGAUGAGAACACUGUCAAGAUAUUGCAGAGGCUGGAGGAACAUGGUGGAGCUGUGAACACUUGUGCCUUCUACAGCAGUAGUCUCAUCGCCUCAGGCUCUGGGGACAAGAUGGUCCGCCUUUGGGUUCGCAAUGCGGAGGGUCGUUUUGAUGAAUCAGAAAGUUCUCCAAUGGAAGGUCAUCGCUAUGGUGUUAACCAGGUGGAAUUUUCUCCAAAUGGAGAAUUACUGGCUUCUUGUUCUCUUGAUGGGUCCACAAUUCUUUGGGAUGUUGGUAGUGGUAGACGAGGAAGGCCAAGCUUCCAGGUCAGUGGAUCUGGUGUUCGAACGUGCCGAUUUUCUCCUGAUGGCCAUCUGUUGGUAACAGCGGGAGAUGAUGAGAAGGCAUAUGUUUGGAGCACUAGGACAAUGGAACAACUAUUGGUGGUUGAGGGACACAAUGACGCCAUAGCAGCCGCAGCAUUCUCACCUGACAGCCAGUACCUGAUAACAGUCUGUUCAGAUGGUCACGUCAAGCUGUGGUGUGUAGCUCCAUGCUCCGAACAGUGCCUUCUAACACAGGAAGAUGCUCAUGAUCUUGGGGUGCUAAGCUGUGACUUCUCACCCUUAGAGGGCACAACAGCAAAACAUGGUAGCGGUCAGAGACCCCACUAUUUGCUGGCAACAUGUGGCAAUGACUCGCUUGUAAAGUUGUGGUACAUAUCAGCAUUUCCAUCUGAGGAUGACUUUACAGCAGAUUGUGUUUUGUGGCGUCAGUUGACGGGACACGGUGGUAAUGUGAUGUGUGUACGCUUUACCCCCGUCACUGGUGAGAUUUUGGCAUCCACAGCAACUGACAAGACAAUCAGGCUGUGGAAUGUGUACUCUGGUGAAUGUGUCCAUGUGUUGGAAAGCGAUGACAGCAUGGUGACAGCUUGUGCCUUUUCUGGUGAUUCAGCCCUUCUUGCCACAGGUUCCUUGGAUGGAACGCUGCUGGUGUGGGAGUUGCCACAACAAUUGGUGUUCACAACCGUUGCAGCCUCUAGACUUAGGAGCCGUAGUAAGCGGCUGCUAGACUGGAGUGCGGAGGAUGUCAGGUGCUGGUUGAAAGACUUGGAGAUGGUUGAAGUUGCAGAACGAGUGAGAGAGGCAAAUCUCAGUGGAGGACAGCUUCUUACUCUGUCCUGUGAUGAGAUCCUUGACAUUCUUCAGAUAGACAAUGAAGAGGACCGAAAGAAACUGAAUGUCCACCUGUACUGGCUACGGAAUGAAGAUAAAGGGAUUCCUGAGGUUCCUGUAGAUACGGACAUACCACACGAGUUCCUAUGUCCUAUCACGCAUGAGAUCAUGCAUGACCCAGUCAUCUGCUCAGGUAAAGAACUCAAAAUCGCGAUACUUCGUUGUAUGAUUGCAGCAAAACAUGGUAGCGGUCAGAGACCCCACUAUUUGCUGGCAACAUGUGGCAAUGACUCGCUUGUAAAGUUGUGGUACAUAUCAGCAUUUCCAUCUGAGGAUGACUUUACAGCAGAUUGUGUUUUGUGGCGUCAGUUGACGGGACACGGUGGUAAUGUGAUGUGUGUACGCUUUACCCCCGUCACUGGUGAGAUUUUGGCAUCCACAGCAACUGACAAGACAAUCAGGCUGUGGAAUGUGUACUCUGGUGAAUGUGUCCAUGUGUUGGAAAGCGAUGACAGCAUGGUGACAGCUUGUGCCUUUUCUGGUGAUUCAGCCCUUCUUGCCACAGGUUCCUUGGAUGGAACGCUGCUGGUGUGGGAGUUGCCACAACAAUUGGUGUUCACAACCGUUGCAGCCUCUAGACUUAGGAGCCGUAGUAAGCGGCUGCUAGACUGGAGUGCGGAGGAUGUCAGGUGCUGGUUGAAAGACUUGGAGAUGGUUGAAGUUGCAGAACGAGUGAGAGAGGCAAAUCUCAGUGGAGGACAGCUUCUUACUCUGUCCUGUGAUGAGAUCCUUGACAUUCUUCAGAUAGACAAUGAAGAGGACCGAAAGAAACUGAAUGUCCACCUGUACUGGCUACGGAAUGAAGAUAAAGGGAUUCCUGAGGUUCCUGUAGAUACGGACAUACCACACGAGUUCCUAUGUCCUAUCACGCAUGAGAUCAUGCAUGACCCAGUCAUCUGCUCAGAUGGCUUUACAUAUGAAUGGGCAGCAAUCAACGAAUGGUUUCUCAGUGGGAAAUUCUCAAGUCCAAUGACCAACGCACACCUUACGGACACACAGCUCACCUCAAACACCAACCUGAAGACAAGAAUUUGUCAGUUUUUGUAUGGAGAAAGUGUUCCAUGACUAUAACUGUCUCAGCAUAAAAUGCAUUCACUUUGUCCUUGUGUGCAUUUAUAGCAUUUUAUGUAAAUCACUAUAAUCAGACAGAGUAUCCAGCAUUUUCCGGCCACUGUAGCGCUUUGAAAAGGAAGCGUGUUUCAUAUGUAUUUAUGGCCAUAAAUAAAUCACAGCAGGUCUGUGUUCAUACACAUUUUCACGAUGUUACAAUGUUUGUGUCACUGAUACACACACAUGUUGUCACCAGCUGUAUAAUUUUAUGAAACACGUUUUUGUAAUGUUAAUUAGAUUUCAAAAAUAAUACUGUUCCAUUAUUUUUACACCAUUUGAAAUUAUGUGUUUAUGUUUGAAUUUUUUUGUUGUUGUACCUGUAAAUUUUGUGUGGAUCCUAUAAAAUUAAUAUUGAUUUACGUGGUGAAGCAGGACUGGGUGGGGUCACAAGGUUAUAACAUUCCAAAGUAUUUCCCAUUAUUUUCUGACAUAAUGUUUAAGUUACCGUUUGUAGUUCAAUAAAAUGAAUGUAUGAUGGAAACUGCUGUUACUUUGUGUUUUAGAAGUGGUCAUUAUUCACUUCAUUUAAAUGUUAUAAACUAUUAUGAUUAAAUAAGAAUUCACAAAUAGAUUGUCAAAAGCAUCAUAAAGUUUAUUAUAGUAUUAUAUUAAUUUGCCGACAUAAAAAUGUUGUGUUUAUUCUUAUGGUAAGUAAAACAAUUUUUUUUUGCAUACUUUCUUCAAUAUUACAUAUUAUUUGAUUUAAAAACUUUAAAAAUAAUGCAAUUAUGUUCACUGUUAAGUCAUCUGUAAUCGAUAUGCUUUGUCAUAUUAUGCUUAGCUUCCGUCGCAACAUACUUACAUUUUCAAACAAUCUUUUUAACCCUUCUGCAUAUGUGUACUAUUUCUUGUCCUUUGGGUUAUCGUUUGAUUAAUCUAUGCAUAGUUUUUAUAGGAAAUCUCGCAUAUUAAACUGAAAAGAGAAAAUUGAGUUCUAUAGAAACAAAUUUUUACUACCAUGUAGAAAAACACCACUUUCUGAAUUGAUGUUUUCCACUUGUUUUUGUGUGUGGAUAAGGGUCACUUCCUGUGUUUGGCCUAGUUAGUUGUAUUACAAUGUACGUUUCAGUAUUAAUUUUAAGAAAUCACAAUUGUACCAGAGUGUUUGGUUUUGUAAAUUGUAUUUUAGGACCCGAAACUGAACCGUGUAUCAACUUUAGCAUUUAUUAACCAUCUAUAGCCUUUAAUUUGUAAUCAAAGAAGCGACAAUCUUUCUGUGUGAAUUGAAUGUCGUUAUUAAGAACUUAUCAUGGAGUGAAUUUGAUGAAGUGCGUCUGGAUGUCAUUAUAUUAGCUCAGUCAUUUCGACGGCAGGUGAUAUCAUCUUGUUGUAUUCUCCUCAAACCCCCUCUGGCUGAUGUCAGUCAACCCAAAAAAUCACUUGUCACUAGCGUGGGUUAUGCCUGUCGAUAACAGAAUGGCUAGAUGGCUAGAAAGGGAUUUAUUACAGUGCUGUUGCUGUGUGGCCUUACCAUUUUGAUUUUUAGCGAGAGAUUGAUGUGCACUCAUAGGCUAGAUAACUACUGACCUUCUGGCGGGAUAUGUCAGUGGCACACGUCUCAAAAUGAAGGCUGAAAUCUUUGCUUUAUUAUGUAUUUUUCAUGUACCUGUUUGAGAACAUAAACAUUAUCUUAUUAGAUUCA